AUGUCUUUAAAUGCUUACAUUUGUGUGGAAUUUUUACCGGAAGCGAAUGCGGAAGAGUUGUCGAGAAAAAAAGAAGUGCGUUUUCCAAAACCUGUAACAACACGUCGUGUAGUAGGCUAUCGUGACCAAAAGCAAAUUGAUACACGAAGACAGAAACGUCGAAAGGAUGUAUUUGAUUAUGAUGAAGAUGCUACCCUUAAGCUCAUCCUUUUGGACGGAUUACCAACUACAACUGAACCAGUCAUUAAGAAAACUGAAACGACUACUCAGCCAAAAGAUAUCGGUGAUGUUGGGGGAAAGAAAGCUAAAGCUGGUUCUGCAGAUGUUUCAAACCCGACUAAAACUGGUUCUGCAGGGGCUUCAAACUCAACUAAAGCUGGUUCUGCAGGGGUUUCAAACCCAAAUUACGCAUAC